AAAGACAUGGGACGGGAAUGUAAACAACUAGGUGUCAGGCUGGGUCUCAGUUGGAACAGGAUCCAACAAAUAUGGAGUGACAACAGACAAUUGUUCGACUCCAUAAUGGAUAUGCUUACAGAAUGGAGGAAACAACAGAACUACGAGACAAAUCAAGUUGAGAUAAUGUGCAGAGCUUUGAAGGAGCAAGGACUCACAGAGCUUGCUAACAAAAUUUUUGGCUCUCAAAUGUCAGAGGUUAAAGAGUCCAAUGUAAAUGCAGGUGAAGAUACCAGUGGCAGAUUACCCACAACACACCAUGAACACGAUGCAUCCCUUGACGACAAAGACCUGCUGUUCAUCUGUGAAGGUCUGCCCUCUGAUUGGAGGAGAUUAGGAGUGCGACUUGGACUUGAAUGGAACAAAAUUAAUGUCAUAGCAGACAACAACACACAGAAAGAUGGCGUCAUGGAAACCCUGGUGACUUGGAGAGAUGGUCAAUCAACAAACCAAAUAUCAAUCAUGCUCAACGCAUUGAGAGAACAGGGACUUGUUCAACUUGCGGAACGAUUGUGUAAAAGGCGUGGCUACAAAGACGACCAUGACGCUGCUGCAAAUCAACCUCAAGUUUCAACAGAACAUAGACUAGUAGGAGCAUCCCUUGAUGACCAAGACCUGCUGUUCAUCUGUGAAGAUCUGGGCUCUGAUUGGAGGAGGCUAGGAGUGCGACUUGGACUUGAAUGGAACAAGAUUAAUGUCAUAGCAGACAACAACACACUGAAAGAUGGCAUCAUGGAAAGUCUGGUGACUUGGAGAGAAGGUCAAUCAACAAACCAAAUGCCAAUCAUGCUCAGCGCAUUGAGAGAACAGGGACUUGUACAAGUUGCGGAACGAUUGUGUAAAAGGCGUGGCUACAAAGACGACCAUGACGCUGCUGCAAAUCAACCUCAAGUUUCAACAGAACAUAGACUAGUACGAGGUAGGUGAAUGUCAAUUUGAUACAAAAUAUUAAACAUUAUUUUAUUAUUAUUUACAUAACACAACUGCAAAUUUCCUGAAGAAUGGUGGAUGAAUUUCCCGGAGCAAAAUUUCACUAAUGUUCGGUUCAAGAUCUUGUCGUCUAUUGAUGAAAUCGUGUGAUCAACAGCUAAAAGUACCCCACCAUCCUGACGAUUAAUUCUGUCCCUACAGUUUAUGGUGUAAC